GCCCCGGCCGGUUUUUUUAUCCGCGAUUGACUCGAGUCGAGCCGAGCGAGCGCGUCGACCAGACCACAAAGCCCCGGACCCGGCCCUGGCGGAGGGAUAGGCGGUCAGGCGGAUAGCGGAGGAGAGAGAGGAACUCGCGGGCACGCCAUGUCAGGAUCACCACCAAAGCCGUGGGAGCGUUCUGGUGGUGAGGGCACGUCCGGUCCGGCGCCUUUCAAGCCUCCAUCUGGCGGCAGCACCAGCGACGUCGUUGAAGCCUCUGGCACUGCUAAACCUGGAGAAAACGUCACUGCAACGGAGAGGAAUGUCUCUGCCAACAAUGUAAACAGCACCGUCUCAAGGCCGAUGCCACAACGGCCUUGGCAGCAAACAGGCUACGGAAAUACCUAUGGAGGAUAUGGUGGAUCCAACAUGUAUAGUUCAUAUGGUGGAUUAGGCAACACUUACGGUAGUGGUGGGCUCUAUGGAAAUAGCAUGUACUCGAGUUACGGAGGUUAUGGUGGAGGCAUGUACGGUGGUGGGAUGUAUGGUGGAGGCAUGUACGGCGGAAUGGGAGGCUAUGGUGGUUACGGCAUGGGGGGAAUGGGUGGCAUGGGUCCUUAUGGUAAUCAGGAUCCAAAUUCAAUGGGCCCUCCUGCAUCACCGCCAGGUUUCUGGGUGUCCUUCCUACGAGUGAUGCAUGGUGUCGUCAAUUUCUUUGGGCGAAUCUCGUUCCUUGUUGAACAGAACACUCAAGCAUCCUAUUUUUUCAUGACAGCCAUGUUGCAGCUCUUUGAUCGGUCUGGUAUGCUAUAUGGCGAGCUUGCACGUUUUGUGCUGCGUCUGCUAGGAGUCAAAAGAAAGCCAAAGAAGGGCAGCCUUCAGGGACCGGAGGCCCCGGCGUUCGAGGGACCUAGCCAGCAGUUUAUGGAGGCACCGAAAGCAGGGAACUGGGAUAAUGUCUGGGGAAACUAAGAUGCCUGUGUGCACAGUAAGAUUUAUGGUAUAGAAACACAUACAGUUUAAGGAGCAAAGCACAGGACUUGCCUGUCUUUUGGAUCAGAAAAUGGAGUUCCAGUUCAGAUAUCUGUUAGGGUGAAACUAGGGAAAGCUGUGAAGAAAUUUCUGUCUCUUCUACCCUUCACAAAUUUGCCUUGCUGUGGUCCAUCACACAGGCAGGGUUUCAUCGCAACUGUAAGACCGAUGAAGAUCGUUUGCCAGUGCGCUGAUAUGUAGCUGCUGUUGUGGUAUGUAUGUGGGCAUUGGUUGUAUCUCUGGGUAUAGUUUCCGUGAAAAGAGUACAGCAAUGUAUGUGCACGGUUUACCAUCUUAUCUAAUUUGGAUUUGAAUAUGGGCAUGGCGAGAAACCCUUCA